AUGGGUCAGUGGUGGGAUGCCGCCAGAAUUGACGCUACUGUCACGAGAAAGUUCGUCUGCCAGUACCUGCUGCCCGAGGAAAUCGAGCGCUUGGACAGACCACUGGCCUUUGGCGACGGCCUAACGGACGAAACGUAUUGGGAUUGGAUCGAUAACAAAGCCAAGCGCAUCUUUUUGAUUCUUGUCGACCUGAAGAUUCCAGAUCAGAUAUUUGGCAUCAUCGACGACUCCUGGGAUGACCACGAUUUGCCCAUCUCCUCCGAGCACGUCGAGCGCCUCAGAUUGACGGCCGUCAAGGACGACAAGAUUGAGCGCAAGUUUUUCGCCCGCCAAUUUAACUACCUUCUCAAGCCUUUCCAACGGGGCGACCACAUCUCUUUCAAUGAGUAUGAACUUGUUCCUCUCGAGGUCGUCGAGCGCCGGCCCGCGGGCAACAACACCGUCGACAAGGUCAUCCUGCCCAACUGUCCUGGUUUGAUCUUUUACCGCCGCCGCAUCCCCUUGGGUAACGGCGUUGGCCAGCUUCCGCGAAGCGAGUUUGUGGAAAUCAUCAACAGUAUCAAAGGCAUCCAGAACGACCACCUGGUCUCUUACCACGCAUCAUAUACCCAGCUCGGAGCGGCAUACGUCCUUUUCACCCCCGCAACCGACUCCAACUUGAAGUCUUUCUUCGGCAACACCCCUUCCAACUUCAAGAACCUUCCCAAGAGAGAGAGGAGACACGCCGUUAUGAACUGGAUCCUUUGCCUUGCCGAUACCCUCGCGUACCUCCACAGUCGGAGACUUUGCCACGGCAACAUCAAGCCAUCAACCAUUCUCUUCACCAGCCAACUCCACAUUUUCUACUCCGAUUUCACGAGGCUAAACGCCGAGGUGCUUGCUGUCUAUACGGACAAGAAUUCGUUCGACCGGGAGUCGUAUGACUAUGCAGCCCCUGAGCAGUGGUUUCGCCCAACAGGCGGUCCGGCGAGUCCUUUGGGUCGUGGUGCGGCCGCGUUUUCCGUUUCGACAUCCCCGGAAACACAAACCAACUUCUCAAUUCCGCGGAAUGACAACCCAAGCAGUCCGAACGCGAUGCUGAACAUGCCGAAUCCGUAUCUGAACCCGCAGGCUGCCGACAUUUUUUCACUUGGCUGCGUCAUCUUGGACCUGAUGAGUUUCCUCGUCAAAAAAACAACAAAGAGUUUCUCGGCACACCGUGCUGCCAAGCACAAGACCCCGGGUCGCGGUGGCGCGGUGCUGGACUCGUCCUUCCACAAAAACCUCGGCCAGGUUGAGUCUUGGAUGUCGGCAUUGGCGAAGGAGGCAUCGAAGAAGGUCUCCGCAUCCGACGGCGGUUACGUGUUUCGGGGCAUCGUGCCUUUGAUGCACAUCGUCGCCCGCAUGCUAUCCGCAAAUCCUAUCGAUCGCCCCUCGGCGGCCGAGGUGCAGACCCAGGUUUAUCAGAUUUUGACGAAACACUGCGACAUAACGGAACCACACUGCGUACAUCAGUACGGCGGUUGGGAUUUUGGCAUCUCAAACCUGCGCAUACAGGCCGUGAGCCCCAACGCCCAGUUCAUGCCUCAGCCGAUUCGGCAUAACUCGAUGCUCCAGUCGUCACGGCGUGGCAGCGAUAGUCUGAGCGGAAGCAUCAGCCCGAGAGGGCUAUCCCAUUCAAGGACAAACAGCAGCGGCGGCAUGUCGAACAACAGCGGUAUCAGCAGUGCGGCCAGCGAGCGGGAUCAAGAACGGGAUGCAGGGACUGGGUUCACGGCCGUUCGAAAUAUUCGCUUACCCGCGGUACGGUCUCCAGCGCCUUGGGACUCGACUGUUCAAGGCGGACGCGGUGACCAAGCUCCGGUUUAUUGA